UCAGAGUUCAGACAGGGUUAGAGUCACAGCGAGAAGAGGGGGAGAGAUGGGUGAGGAGAAGAGGCAUCAGAUGAUGCAGAAUCUUUUUGGUGAUCAAUCCGAAGAGGAAGAGGAGGAAGAGGAGGUCGAUUCCGAGCAUGAAUCGAACCGACGACCCGAUUAUCUAUCCGAUGAAGGAGAGGGUGGAGGAGAGCUUGAAGGCGAAGGUGAAGUUGAGGGGCAAGGGGAGGCAGAAGUGGAGAGUGAUGUGGAACUGCAUGAUGUAGAACCUGAUCCUGGGGAGAGUGAGGGUGAGAGGGCUCAAAGUUCUCCAGAAAGAGAUGUCAGUGAUCAAAGGGCAGAGAGUGAAGGAAAAGAAGCUGACAGUGAUGAACAAGAAGAGUAUGGCCAGAGAGUAGUAACUAGCCGGAGAAGGGAAGUUAUUGAUAGUGAAUCAGAGAGAUCUGAAAACCAGUAUGUGGAUAACGAAGAUGAGGAGGUUGAUCAGGCUAGAAGACCAAGUAGGUCACCUAGUGAGGAAAAAGGAGAGACACACAUUUCACAAUCAGCGGCUGAGAUCCGUGAUGUCUUUGGUGAUUCUGAUGAGGAAGAACCAGCAGAAUAUGCAAUCCAAAAUAACCUCGAGCCAGAGUCACCGAUGAGUGUGAGAUCACCUGUCGAAGAGGAAGGAAGCUAUGACAAGAAUUUGAGGCCAGAAGAUGUAGUGCCAGAUGAAGAUGCCCAGUAUGAAUCAGAAGAGGAUAACAUUGAGCAGAAAACUAAAGAAAAACCAGUUGGUCCCCCACUGGAGCUAGAGAUCCCCCUGCGACCACCCCCUGGUCAGCCGGAUAAGAUGAACAUGAUCAAAGUUUCUAACAUAAUGGGCGUUGAACCAAAGCCAUUUGAUCCUAAGACAUACGUGGAAGAAGAUAUGUUUGAGACAGAUGAAUCUGGGUCUAAGAAACGUAUCCGCUUGGAAAACAAUAUUGUUCGCUGGAGGAGUGUACGCAAUCCAGAUGGAACAACUUCUUAUGAGAGCAAUGCACGCUUUGUAAGGUGGUCAGAUGGCAGUUUGCAGUUGUUAAUUGGCAAUGAAGUUCUGGAUAUAUCAGUGCAAGAUGCGCAGCACGAUCAAGCUCAUCUUUUCCUUCGACAUGGAAAGGGAAUCCUGCAAUCACAAGGGAGGCUUUCAAGGAAGAUGAGGUUUAUGCCAUCAUCCUUGUUGUCAAAUUCUCAUCGGUUAUUAACUGCUCUUGUUGACUCACGACACAAAAAGGUCUACAAGGUUAAGAACUGUGUCACGGACAUUGAUCCAGAAAGGGAGAAGGAGGAGAAAGAAAAGGCUGUAGGUCAAACAAUUAGAGCUAAUGAACUUCUCCAUCGCAAGAGGGAAAAGGUGAGCAGGAAAUAUACACAAACGGUAGAAAGGGGACGUCAACUUUCACCUGGGUUCUUAGAGGAAGCACUUGAUGAGGAUGAGGAUGAUCAUGAACCUCGUCGCUCAGCUGCUCGCCAUCGCUUUGAGGAAGACCUGGAAGUUGAAGCACAAGCUGAGAAGCGCAUUAUGAAUGCGAAACGGCAGUCACAGGUUCACAAAGACAUCCCUCGGAAAUCAUCCUUCCAAUCAAUUCGAUCCUCUCGGCGUCCUGUUGAUUUCUCUGACAGUGAGAGAGAGGAGUCUGAGUAUGAAAGUGAUGAGGAUGAAGGUGAGAAGUCUCCUCCACAUAAGAGGGAAGAGGAGCCAGAGCAUGAAGAUGAAGAAGAGGAAGAACAGGAUGAAGAGGACACAGGUGCAAAUGAAGAAUCAGAGGAGGAAGCUGAGGAACCAAGGCAAAGGAGUAGGGAAUCUGGGGGUGGCCUCAAGCGCAAGGAGAUUGAAUCGGAUGUAGAGUCUCCUCCUAGAAAGGCGACGACCCAUCGCCGAAUGGCAGUUGUUUUUGAUAGCGAUGAGGAAUGAAAACUACUGUCAGAUGAUAAAUAACAGCAGAGAUGACAUGAAAGAUGAAACCAUACAAUUCUUUUUGGUGUUGGAAUCUUCUUCACCCCGUCAUUGUUGUCAUUUUCAGAUCCAUAGAUAGAUGAAUUAAUCUCUUAUGUUAUAUAUUGAUUUACUCAACAUGUACACUCUUUAGUAGAUAUAUACUGGAAAAUUGAUCUCCCCAGUUUCAAUGGUAAGAACAAAAUUCCAUAUAUGUCCUCGUUUCCCAUGCCUGCUUAUGCAUUGAAAUUGAAAGGACAAGUAGAAGAAAUAAUGAUGCUGGAAAGCUGGUUUGAUACUA